CGAACUCAUUUUUCUAGUAUAAUUCUUCAGAAAAUUCAAACAUGCUAGCUACCAAACUUCCAUUCUUCAGUCAAUUAAUGCUACGUUGCAAUUAAUUUCCACUUGUUAGGAUGAUUGAUCUACAUGUUCUGAACUUAUACGGACGCAGAAAAGCAAAUCUAGCCGCCUCCUUUCUUCCUCUUAGUUGCUUCGCUUCGACCUUCUUUAGAUUUUGCUGUUAGUCAACUCAUUCAGAUCUUUAUCAUUUUAUUCUUCUACAGGGUACGUAUAUCAUCUCUCCUCACAUUUCACACUGUAACUCAGAUGUCAAUGUUUUCUAUUGCCAGCACAAGCUAGCCGUCAUGACAGGACGAGCAUCAACCUCUUCUUCAUUCCAAUAUCAUUUCACCUAUGAUGUUUUUCUCAAUUUUAGAGGUGAAGAUACUCGUCAUGGUUUUACAGGAAGUCUUUAUCAUGCUCUAACUCAAAAGGGAGUUUACACCUUCUUUGAUGAUGAGGAAAUAAGAAAAGGAAAUAAAAUUACACCAACACUCCUCCAAGCAAUCGAAGAAUCUAGGAUUGUCAUUUGUGUAUUUUCUAAGAACUAUGCUUUCUCAAGAUAUUGCCUCGACGAACUCAUUCUGAUCUGUCAGAAUAUGAAGGAAAAGGGACAACUAGUUUUUCCCAUUUUUUAUGAUGUGGAUCCUUCUGAAGUGAGACGUCAAAAAGGGAAUUACGGACAAGCAAUGACUAUGCAUGAACAUAAUUUAAGGACUUGUGAAGAGAGGAUACAAAUGUGGAAGGUUGCACUAUUUGAAGUAGCCAAUCUUUCUGGCAUAUGUCUCGAUCCUAGGCACGAUUAUGAAUAUGAAAUCAUUGAAGUGAUUGUGAAAGAAAUACUGUGCAGAAUCAAUAAGGUUCCUUUACAUGUUGCAGAAUAUCCAAUUGGAUUAGAUAAUCAUAUGGAUGAAUUAUACUCUCUAUUACAACGUGGGACUAAUGAUCAGGCCAUUAUGGUAGGAAUUUAUGGAAUUGGGGGAAUAGGUAAAACCACAUUAGCACGCAAAUUAUACAACUCAAUAGCACAUAGUUUUGAAGGUUUGUGUUUUCUCCAUGAUAUCAAAGAAAAUUCAAGGAAAUAUGGAUUAGAAAGAAUGCAAGAGAGAAUGCUUUCAAAGAUUUUAGGAGUGGACAUAAAAAUUGAUGACGUUAAUGAAGGAGUUGCAAUAAUUAAAGAGAGAUUUAGACGAAAGACAAUUUUGUUGAUUCUUGAUAAUGUUGAUGAACAAGAGCAAUUACAAAAAUUUGCUGGCCAUUGUGGCUGGUUUGGUUCUGGGAGUAUAAUCAUUAUAACAACAAGGGACAAACAUUUACUUAAAAGACAUGGGGUUGAAAGAACAUAUGAGAUGGAGGCACGCACUGAUGAAGAAUCUCUUCAAUUAUUAAUUUGGAAUGCCUUCAAAAAUACACAAGUAGGUCCAAGUUAUAAUGAAGUCAUGGAUCGUGUGAUACCCUAUGCCCAUGGUCUUUUAUUAGCAAAAACAGAACCAGAACCCCCGAUUUCAAAAGAGCAACCAAUGCUAAAAAAGAGGCGGUUGGUGGAAGAUAACCAUAUUAUUUCAGAUUCCAUCGGUGUUGACCAAGAAACAGAAGAAGAAACCCAUGUUUCAAGUAAGAAGGAUUUCCAUGGCAAUACUCUACUACUACAAGAAAUUGAAUACGAAAGCCAAAAGCAAACAAUAGACAUUCAAUCUCCAAGUACAGAAAAUGAAGAAUCAGUUCGAGUAAGGAGGCCAAGUAAGAAUAUGACACAUCAACAAGAUGAAGCUUCAAUCAAUGAUCAAAUCACGGAGAGCUUUGAAAAUGUCAUAAGUGGCAGAGGAAAAGACAUGGUACUCUACAAAAAUGAUCCCAUUAAUGGCAACAAUAUAACAAAGAUGAUCGGACAAGACUACGUAUAUGACUCAAAUAGCAAAAGCAGCAUGACAUGGGAUCCAAUGGAAUGUGAAUAUGAAGAAAUAAGUCAUAAUAAUAAUAAGGAUCCACAUGAGCAGAGAAGAGAUCAUCCAUGGUUUUUGUGUUUUAAUCUAUUGACUUUCGUAGCCUCGCUCUGUUCUUCUUCUUAAUCAUAUUUCUCCAUUACAAGAAACUAAAAUGAAUUAUCAUUGGACUCUUUAAUUUGAACUCCUUUGUUAGAUAUAAAUUCUAGGCUCUGGACUUUUGUAAUGGUUUUGAUUUCCUCAUGUUUUGAUGGCAAAUUAGUUAAGAUUUGGCUCAUUUUAAUUCACUGAAAA